AUGGUCAAGAAAUCCCCUGGGAAAUGGAGGAUGUGUGUAGACUUCACUGAUCUUAACAAGGCGUGCCCAAAGGAUAGUUUUUCAUUACCCCAUAUCAGCUCAUUGGUUGAUGCAAUAGCAGGGUAUGAAUUGCUGAGCUUUAUGGAUGCCUUCUCGGGGUACAAUCAGAUCUUUAUGCACCCAACUGAUCAAGAUAAGACAGCAUUCAUCACGGACCGAGGCUUAUAUUGUUAUAAGGUUAUGCCUUUCGGUUUGAAAAAUGUUGGUGCUACCUACCACAGAUUGGUCAACAAAAUGUUUCAAGAGCAGAUCGGCAAGACUAUGGAGGUCUAUGUUGAUGACAUGCUGGUCAAAAGUAAAUUGCGGGCGGACCAUGUGACAGAUCUGCAAGAGGCAUUCACGACAUUAAAGCAAUUCCAAAUGAAACUGAAUCCUACAAAGUGUGCAUUCGGAGUUUCGUCUGGUAAAUUCCUCAGCUAUAUGUUGUCAAGCCUAGGAAUUGAAGCUAAUCCAGAAAAAAUCCAGGUAGUAUUAGACAUGCAAUCUCCGAAGAACGCAAAGCAAGUUCAGCAAUUGAUUGGUAAAAUUGCGGCAUUAAACAGGUUCAUCUCUCAGUCCACAGAUAAAUGCCUUCCCUUCUUUAAAAUUCUACGAAAGACUUUUGAAUGGUCCGAGGAAAGUGAACAAGCAUUUGAACAACUCAAAAGGUAUCUGGUCAGCCCACCUCUCCUUAGUCGAACUAUACCUAGGGAAGUUUUGUACUUGUACCUAGCUGUAUCUCCAACCGCAGUCAGUGCAGCUUUGAUUCGGGAGGAAGAGGGAGUUCAUAAACCGGUUUACUUCAUCAGUCGAGCAUUGCAUGGUGCCGAGGAGAGAUAUGUGCAAAUGGAAAAACUUGCUUUUGCUCUGGUAAUUGCAUCUAGAAAGCUUCGACCGUACUUCAAAGCUCAUACAUUCAAUGUGUUAAUUGAGUAUCCGCUGAAGAAAGUACUUCAGAAAUUGGAUUUAUCUGGUCAGUUAGUCAAUUGGGCAAUUGAGAUUAGUGAAUUCGACAUUCAUUUUAUCUCACGUAGUCCUAUCAAGGGUCAAGCACUCGCAAAUUUUGUAGUAGAAUUCACCAUCAUGCAGGAUCUAGAGGAGUGGCCGAAGGAAAAAGUUUGGAUAGUCUAUGUUGAUGGGUCUUCCAUAAAAAAGACAGGUGGGGCUGGGGUAGUAAUGAUCACACCAGGUGGGAAAGAAUUGAAAAGCUCUUUGAGACUAGAGUUCAAAACUACCAAUAAUGAAGCAGAGUAUGAAGCGGUAAUAGCUGGGCUCGGCUUAGCCCGAGAGAUGGAGGAGGAGUUUGUGGAAGUGCGAAGUGAUUCUCAGGUAAUUGUUGGUCACAUCCGUGGUGAAUUCGAAGCUAAAGGCAGUAAAAUGAGGCUAUAUUUAUCUAAAGUCAAGGAUAUGCAGAAGGAUAUCAAGACGUUUUGCAUCGUGAAAAUCCCGAGGGAAGAAAAUGAGAAGGCUGACCUAUUGGCUCGAUUAGGGUCAGCAACCGAGGGUGAAGUAGGAGAAACCAACCAACCGAUACAAAUUCUACAACAACCAGCUAUCGCCAAGGAGGUCACGGUUUUAGCUAUUGAAAUCAUGCCAUCCUGGGCCGAAGAAAUUAUCGGUUAUUUGGAAAAAGGAGUUCUUCCCGGAGAUAAGAGAAAGGUUGUGCAACUAAAAAGAAAGUCUGCUCGAUUCACCAUCCUCAGCGGCGUUCUUUUCAAAAGAGGUUUUAUGUUGCCUCUUCUCAAGUGUGUUUCUAAGGAGGAAGGUAAUUAUAUCCUCCGUGAGAUCCAUGAAGGAAUCUGUGGCAGUCAUUCUGGAGCUCGGAUGUUAGCACACAAAGUUGUUAGUGCAGGAUUCUUCUGGCCGAAUAUGAACCAGGACUCCAUGCACAUUGUCAAAACUUGUGAUAACUGUCAACGCUUCACUAAUGUCAUCAAGCAUCCUCCUGAGGAGCUUAGUUCAGUCUCCUCGCCAUGGCCAUUUUCACAGUGGGGGGUCGAUAUAGUAGGACCAUUACCUCCAGGAAAAGGGGGCGUUCGUUUCGCUGUAGUUGCCGUUGAUUAUUUUACUAAGUGGGUAGAAGUGGAGGUUUUGGUAAAAAUUACAGCAAAGAAUAUCGAGAAGUUUUUUUGGAAAAAUGUCAUCUGUCGAUAUGGAAUUCCUCAUGCCUUUGUUAUGGACAAUGGGCAUCCUCAAGCCAAUGGACUGGUAGAAGUGACAAACAAAACCAUAUUUAAAAUCUUGGAAAAAAAAAAGCUUGGUCAGCACAAAGGAAAAUGGGCAGAGGAUCUUCCCGAGGUUCUAUGGGCAUACCGCACCACCAAAAGAACUCCAACUGAAGAAACCCCUUAUGCUUUACCCUACGGAACAGAGGCCGUUAUCCCGGCUGAAGUGGGGUCGAGAAGUUUUCGAGUGGAUACCUUCAACCCCGAAUUCAACAGCGAAGGUCUGAAACUACAUUUAGAUUUGUUGCAAGAAAAACAAGAUCAGGCUCAGAUUACUAUCGCAGCAUAUCAGCAAAGAGUGGCUCGGUAUUUUAAUCAACGAGUCAAACACCGUAGUUUCAAAGAUGGAGAUUUGGUCUUGGAAAAGGUCAUCCUUGCGGCCAAAGACGCGGCUGAUGGAAAACUAGCACCAAACUGGGAAGGACCAUACAAGGCAAUCAGGUGUGGCAAAGCCGGAGCGUAUCAUCUCACAAACUCUGAAGGAAAACAACUCCAACGGCCAUGGAAUGCCGAACAUCGUAAGAAAUACUUUGUAUAG